CUCAUGCGUUUGUUUCGUUUUCGAUUCGGGAUAAAGGUGGUGGUGUUUGUAAUGGAAUCAAGGGUAGGACUGGUGACGUGACUUACCUGCUUUGUUGUAUGCUAUCGGCCAGUGAAACCGUAAACACCUUAUUAAAUCCGGGAAGCAAUUUAACACUGGUGUUGCGGUCAGCGAGUAGGCCUAGUCACAAGGGCUUUGCGUCUGAAUGCUCUGCAAGUGCAUCUGUAUGAAAUAUUAAGCUCGAGGGCAGAAGAGCACAGAGGAAAAUAAAAAAUUCCACAGAGAAGUGAAGAACCAGGCAUAAUGGCCCAUUGUUCUGCUUCCUCGGAUUUCUCUGGAGCAUUGCAGACACUAGGAGAACAUGACCCAAGUGCAGCUGUUGCAAAAGCUAAAGAACAACUUGGUUUUCUUGACAAUGUGACUCUCAACAUCGCAGUCACUGGGGAAACAGGUGCAGGCAAAUCUGCUUUCAUUAACGCUAUUCGUGGUCUGGAUGAUGAUGAAGAUAUGUCUGCACCGACUGGAAUAACCGAAACCACAAAUGAAGUUACCAUGUACACCCAUCCCACAAAGCCAAAUGUGAAACUCUGGGACCUGCCAGGGAUUGGUAUGCCAAGUCUCAAGGCAGACCAAUACCUCAAAACAGUUAAAUUUGAGACUUAUGAUUUAUUUAUCAUCAUUUCAUCAACUAGGUUUAAGGAAAAUGAUGUCUUUUUGGCUAAGGAGAUGAAAAAAAAGCACAAGCAUUUUUAUUUUGUCCGAAGCAAGAUUGACAAUGACAUUAAUGCAGCGACACGCAGCAAAAAUUUCGAUGAGCAGCAGGUGCUUUGCACAAUCAGGGAAGACUGUCGUAGAAACUUGAAGGAAGUUGGAGACCCAGAGGUGUUCUUAAUAUCCUCUUAUGACCUUGGGAAAUAUGAUUUUCAAAACCUGAUAGAUACCAUAGAGUCAGAGCUUUCUGAACAAAAGCAAUUUGCUCUUCUUCAGUCCUUGCCAGUGUGCUCUCUGACUAUGCUAAAGAAGAAGAAAAUAAGCAUGGAGAAGUUCAUCAUGCUUUCUGCAAUUGUCUCAGGCAUUGGUGGCUAUUUCUCUAUCCCUUUUGUGUCUUUGGCUUUUGAAAAGUCAGUAAUUGUGGCGUUUUUCACGGGUUGCCACCAGGCGUUUGGGUUGAAUGAGAAAUCAAUCGAGAAGCUUUCUGAGAGGGUGAACAUGCCUGUCUCACAUCUAAAAUUACCAAUAAAAUCCCCUUUCACGUUAGCGCUGAUGGACAAAAAUAGGCUUGUGCCUCCUAUCGCUCCAACAUGCCCAGUUACAAGCUUGGAAAACUUGCUUGAUAUGAAACUUUUUGGGAAAAGGUUUCAAAAUGCUACUCAGGCAUUUAAACAUACAUAUACUGUCCUGAGUCAAGGUCUAGAUGAAAUGGUAGAAGAUAUGACGGAAGUUCUCAGAGUGGCAGGUUUGGAUGAAUAAAAGUAAACUGGCACAACUAUUGGAAAACUACAGGACCAGGCCAAAAAUAAAACUGGUUGAACGGAGAUCAAUCGUGAAAAGAUACUGAAUAUUGCGCAGUAGUGUGCUUCAUAUCUUGGGUGGUGGUUUUUGGAUAUACAGUAUUUUCUAAUAAUCUAAUAAUGUUAACGUAGAAUUUUUAUUGAGCACAAAUAACAUUACUGUAUGCUUGAUUAUUUUGGCUGCAAUACUCUUCUCUUUACAUUAACAUAGGCUACUGUAUUGCAUUACAUUUUUCAUGUAUUAUUCUGUUGUUUGUGGUAUAAACUUGUGGGCAUAUGUAGUUGGGUUAAUGGUGUCAACAAAUCUAUUCUGAUUGUCAUUGUGAUUGCUAUGUUACAUUAGCCAUGUUUGAAUGUUUACAAGCAACGUAGACUUUCAGAUGAUUCUUAUAACUUAAAUUUAUAUAGUAUGUAUAUGUACAUGCAUAUGUGAGAAUAUGAAGAAAUAUUAAGAAAGAAAAUAAAGAAAAAACAUUUACACCCCUUUGCUUGUAGUGAUGUAGGUAAGAGCUUUUAUCCUGGAAAACAACUCAACAAUCAUUUCAACUUUCACAUAGUAUGUGUGACUCAAAACAUGCCCGAGCGAAGCAGUAAGAGGAAUUUUACAAAGGAACAGUAUGAAACAAGCCUAUUCUUAUCACUGACGCAUGGUGUUUUGUCAGAGAAUUUAUUUGUAUAUUUUGUUGUCGAUGACAACCUGACGCAUGUGAUAGUAAAGCUAUACA